AUGGUCAACAUGAUGUGCGGGGACACACGCUUCGCCAGUGCGGCGACUAUGAAAAGGGGCUCACAGGCCGUGCGACAGAACCCAAAGCUUUUCACAGAAUUGGACGACCACAAGCACGAUUUGAUUUCUCGCAAUGACGUCGAGACCUGGUGGUAUCAUGUCUCAGAGGCAGACAAUAGGGAGGCGGAGGCGCUUGCGCGAUCGGUCAUUCCGAAAGCAUACGUCAACGAGGACUGA